GCGCCAUGGCUCCCAAAAAGAGAGGGAAGAAAGGCAAGGCCAAAGGCACCCCGAUUGUGGAUGGGCUCGCCCCAGAGGACAUGAGCAAGGAGCAGGUGGAGGAACACAUCAGCCGCAUCCGGGAGGAGCUGGACCGGGAGCGAGAGGAGCGCAACUACUUCCAGCUGGAGCGAGACAAGAUCCACACCUUCUGGGAGAUCACACGGAAGCAGCUGGAGGAGAAGAAGGCUGAGCUGCGGAACAAAGACCGGGAGAUGGAGGAGGCUGAGGAGAGACAUCAGGUGGAGAUCAAGGUAUACAAGCAGAAGGUGAAGCAUCUGCUGUACGAGCACCAGAACAACCUGACUGAGAUGAAGGCUGAGGGCACCGUGGUCAUGAAGCUGGCUCAGAAGGAGCACCGCACACAGGAGGGCACCCUGCGCAAGGACAUGCGGGCACUGAAGGUGGAGCUCAGGGAGCAGGAGCUGGCCAGUGAGGUGGCGGUGAAGAACCUGCGGCUGAAACACACUGAGGAGAUUACCAAGAUGAGGAACGACUUUGAGAGGCAAGUUCGAGAAAUCGAGUCCAAAUAUGAUAAGAAGAUGAAGAUGCUGCGGGAUGAGCUCGACCUGAGGAGAAAGACUGAGAUCCACGAGGUGGAGGAGAGGAAGAACAGCCAGAUUAAUACGCUGAUGCAGCGCCACGAAGAGGCCUUCACUGACAUCAAGAACUAUUACAAUGACAUCACCCUGAACAACCUGGCCCUCAUCAACUCCCUGAAGGAGCAAAUGGAGGACAUGCGGAAGAAGGAAGAGCAUCUCGAGAGGGAGAUGGCAGAGGUGUCUGUGCAGAACAAGCGUCUGGCAGACCCUCUGCAGAAGGCUCGGGACGAGAUGCGUGAGAUGCGGAAGCAGCUUGGGAACUACGAGAGGGACAAGCAGAUCCUGGUGUGCACAAAAGCACGUUUGAAAGUUACUGAGAAAGAGUUGAAAGACCUGCAGUGGGAACAUGAAGUGCUGGAGCAGCGGUUCCUGAAGGUACAACAAGAGCGAGAUGAGCUCUACCAAAAGUUUACUGCAGCCAUCCAGGAGGUGCAGCAGAAGACAGGCUUCAAGAACCUGGUGCUGGAGCGCAAGCUCCAGGCCCUGAAUGCCACCGUGGAGAAGAGGGAGGUGCAGUUCAACGAGGUGCUGGCAGCCUCCAACCUGGACCCUGCAACCCUGACACUCGUGUCCCGCAAACUUGAGGAUGUUCUGGCAUCGAAGAACAGCACCAUCAAGGACCUGCAGUACGAGCUGGCCCGGGUCUGCAAGGCUCACAACGACUUGCUGCGCACAUACGAGGCCAAACUGCUGGCCUUUGGGAUCCCCCUGGACAGCGUGGGCUUCAAGCCCCUGGAGACAGCUGUGAUUGGACAGACGUUGGGCCAAGGCCCUGCAGGACUCGUGGGCUCGCCGACCUAGCUGCCUUGCCCAAGGCCCUCCAACGCUCUUUUCCACUAUGUGCCGGCCGGCACAUAAUCCUCCCAGUCCUCCUAAUCUCCGCUGUGACAGGUAGCUUCUGUCUGGAUUUUCAGCAGCCAAUGAAGAUUUUCCACAUGGCCUUGUCUUCUUGCCUGGCUCUGCAUGGCUUCAGCCCGCCAUGUCCCAGUUGUUUUCCUUCCCUGGUGCCCAUGGUCUCCACUCCACUUCUGCCUCCACCCACAGUCAGCAGUGCUUGGAGGGCCCUUCAUUCACCUGUGCACUGGCUGAGGCCAACAUAGCACUACCCCCCUGCGUUACUUCUGACACAAUGAGUGGGGUGGCUUUGUAGAUGGCAACAUAGAAUUUAUUGACACCCAAGGGAAACUUGAGGGGGACAGAGUCUUCCCCAGCAAGCAGGUGAUCCCAGUCCCCCAUGAUGGUCACUAGCCCUCUGUGGAAGUUGGUUGGGUCAGACCACCUCCCUGAGCCAUACUUAGCUCUAGCUCCCUCGGUAGGUGGUGUAGGACCAUGGGCUCAACAGCAGAGGCACGUGGAACUUUUGGGUCUCAUUUGUGAUGGUGAAGACAAUCUGAGAGAGGCAAAGAAGACACCAGAAGAUGGUAAGGGGCCAGAGUUUGACAGCUGCCGACCCUAGUCCUCUUGGGCAGAGGAUGGGGUGAAUCUUCCCUGGGCAAGUGCUACUCUUAGGGGGACAGCGCCUGCAGUGGUCAGGGCCUCUGAUUCCACUGGCAUGUCCAGAACUGGAAAUGCCUGGUGCUCUGAUGGCAACUCCUGUAAUAAAGGAGUUAGGAAGGUUA